CUACUUGCCCACAUUUUCUCUGAAGACAUUCUCUCUCUUUUUCUCUCUCUGCAUAUUUACUAUUUCAGUCUUUCAUUCUCUUUCUCUGAACAUUUAAAGCUAAUUUUAAUGGCUUACUUUAAUUCAUUAUCACAGUUAUUCUUGUACUUCUCUGUGUUUUUCUUAUUAAUUGCACCAGUAUUAGUAACGAGUUCUCAUCAUUACCAGGUCAAUUCGGCGAAUACCACGGCAACUUCCAACUCUACCAAGCACCACCACCACUGGGUUGGACCCUCCGGCCACCGUCUCAUCACUGUGGACCUUCACGGGUAUGGCGAAUUCAGUUCCGUUCAAGCUGCUGUGGACUCGGUCUCCGAAAACAAUAGAAAGAAUGUCCUCAUCCAAAUCGGCGCUGGUUAUUACAUAGAGAAGGUUGUGGUGCCUGCAUCAAAACCCUACAUCACGUUUCAAGGUGCAGGGAGGGACGUGACGGUGAUCGAGUGGCAUGAUCGAGCCAGUGAUCGUGGGCCCGACGGCCAACAGCUGCGUACUUAUCAUACUGCUUCAGUCACUGUCUUUGCCAGUUAUUUCUCUGCCAGAAAUAUCAGCUUCAAGAAUACGGCACCGGCACCGAUGCCAGGGAUGCAGGGAUGGCAAGCGGUGGCAUUUAGGAUAGCCGGCGACAAGGCGUUCUUUUCAGGAUGUGGAUUCUAUGGUGCACAGGACACACUUUGUGAUGAUGCUGGCAGGCAUUACUUCAAGGAGUGUUACAUUGAGGGCUCUAUCGACUUCAUUUUUGGCAAUGGACGGUCCAUGUACAAAGACUGCGAACUGCAUUCGAUAGCUUCCAAGUUCGGUUCCAUCGCGGCGCAAGAUAGAAACACGCCGAAUGAGAAGACUGGUUUCGCUUUCGUGCGCUGUAGGGUGACUGGGACGGGACCACUUUAUGUGGGCCGGGCCAUGGGCCAGUACUCCCGGAUAGUCUUUUCCUACACUUACUUCGAUGACGUGGUGGCCCAUGGAGGUUGGGAUGACUGGGACCACACCAGCAACAAGAACAUGACUGUGUUUUUUGGAGUCUACAAGUGCUAUGGGCCUGGAGUUGCUGCGGUGAGGGGCGUAUCGUGGGCCCGAGAACUGGAUUACGAGUUGGCCCAUCCAUUCCUUGCCAAGAGUUUUGUUAAUGGAAGACAUUGGAUUGCCCCAUCUGAUGCUUGAGCAACACACAUCUCAUACAUAUUCACAACUAUACUGCCAUUUUUUCAUUCAGAAAAUUCGUUUAUUUAAUUUCAUAUAAUAAGCUCAAAAAAAUCGUUAUAGUACCAUUUCCAUUGUUGUAGAAAUUUUUAUUUUGUAAAUUUUUUUUUUUUUGGAAGUUCGAUCAAACACACACCAUUGUUACAGUAAAUUGAUGUCCAUUUGACCCAUAUAAAUAUUAUACUGUAUUUGUCUAAUUACUUCGAAUUUGAAAUAAGUUGAUUAUGGAAUUCACAAA